AUGAUUAACUUAAGUUAAAUACUAGAAGGAGACAAUGGGGAGAUUACAUUUUGUGAAGAUGCUAGUCAAGCUGAUUUAGAAGAUAUUCUAUAAGAAGAUGAUGAGAUGAGAGAGUAAAUCAAUCAUUUGAAUAGUGAUUCCUAGACUCUGGAAAAUAAUAAUCAGAAUAAUGAAUCAUUCAUAUGUGAUUAAGAAGAAUUCAUUUCACCAAUUCAAAUAAUGUCUUUGGGACAUUAAUCGAAAACCUUUGGCAUAUCAACUAAUUAUUUAAUCAAUUAUUGGGAGUAAUAACUUGAAUUAUUCUCGAAUAAUAAGAAUUGCAAAACUAUACAAAUUUAGGAUGUGUCAUAUAUAUCAAUCAAAGGAUAAAUAAUAGCUGUUGGAUUUGAGAAUGGCUAAAUUCACAUAUAUGAAGGAAAUCAAUUAAAACUAUUACAUAAAAUACAAGAACAUUAAACAACAAUAAUUGGUUUGAAUAUAAUUGAUGUGUAAGCAAAUGAAGUAGUGAUAGCAUCAUCUGAUUUAGAUGGUAAUGUCAAAUUGAUUAGAGCAGGUUAAAACUUAUUCAGAAGUAAAAUAAUAACUAAUACUAUAAUGAAUAAGUUCGAAUACCCUGUUACUUAAUUGAUAUCAUAGCAAUUUAAAUAUUCAGAUAGUGAUAAAACUAGUUUACUAUUAACACUAGGUAAUAGCAAUAUGGUAAUAACUUUAUCAAUUAAUCCUGAAGUAAGGGUUGUACAUGUUUUUGAUAAAUAGAAAUCAAAUAAUGAUCUUCAUUGGGGUAAAUUUCAUUAUGAAGGUAAUUAAAUCUAAUUGUUAUCCAUUUAAUGGAAUUCAUUUAUUUAAUUGAUAACCUUUUUGGAAAAUUCUCCAUGGUAUUUUUCAUUCUAUUCUGCUGAUACACCAUUGAUUGGAGCUAAAUUCAUUUCUGAUAACCUAAUUAUUGCUGCAACUGAAGGUUAAUUUCAAGUUCUUUACAUUCCUUAUUUCUCAAAAGGCAAAUAUUGUUUUAAAUCUGAUAGUAAAGCUAAGAUUUCCAACACAAAUUUCCAUCAAAAUAUAUAUUGUCUAAGAGUAAUAAGUAAUGUAAUUUAUUUCAUAUCUGAAAAUAAAUUAUAUUCAUUACAUGCAUUAAGUUGGUUAUAAUAUUUGAAAACAUUAAUACAAAACGAUACACCAUAAUGGUCAAUAGCAUUAAGAUUUUUGAUCUAAGUAUAUAGAGGUAAAGUUAAAGGCAUGCCUAAUUUGGAAUUAGAUGAAGAUAGAAAUGCAAUUUAAACAUUAGCUCCUACUUUAAUUACUAGUAUUUCUAAUACUAAAAUGAAUAGAGAAUUGAUAUCAGCAGUUGUUUAAUUUAUUCUUUUAUGUUAAAUUCCGUAACAUUUGAUGAUAGUACGAUAAGGGUGUGAGAAAUAAUAAAUUUUGGAAGAUUAUUAUAGAGUUUUGGAACUACAUUUAAAGAAAAUUACAUAAUUGCCAAAGGAGAUAUUUUUUGAUUUAGCAAAUAAAUUCUCUCCUGAGUCUUUCUAGUAAUUAGUAAUAAAUUUGGAUUUAAAUUCAAUUGAUAUUGGAUAUACAUAUGAUGUAUGUUUAAGUAAAGAGAUUUACACUCCAUUAUUGUAUAUAUGUCCAAGAAAAGAAGAAGAUUUUAUAACUCCUUUGAAUAAAAUGUUUGAGAAACAUAAAUAUGAACUUUAUGAAAAAUGUUUAUGGUUUAUAGAAAUUACAUAAAAAUAAAUUCUGUUUCCAAAUGAUCAGAUACCAUUAGAAAUAUGGAAAAAAGCUGUAAGAUAAUAGAUGUUAUGGUUGAUGGAAGUGUUAGAUGUGUUUUAAAGUGAGAAAUUGUUUCAAAUUUUAACAACUUAUCUUAAAUAACCUUGUUUAGGUGCAUUACAUCAUGAAUCUGUUUAUUCAUAUUUUAACAUAACUUAAGAGAAUUAAUUGGCAACAAAGAUAUUUGAAUAAGUAAGUAAUAUUAAAUAAUAAUAUUUACUAUAAUAUCUAUUAUUUAUUAGUAAAAUAAUUGAUUAGAUUAAAGUUAAAGAUUCAGAGAAAUUAUUAUUACAAAUAUUUGAAAUCAAUAAAUCUUAUAUUGAUAAUUAUGUAGCAAUGCCUGAAGAUUUAGAUUAGAUCUUAUAAAUUAUUUAUUAUUUAAUGCCUCAUACAUAAUUAAUUGAGUAAGCAUAUGAAAGCAAAUGUGUUGAUUACAUAGCUUAUUAUUUCUUAUCUUAAAAUUAAUUUAAUGAAGCCAUUAAAAUAUUCUUCGAUUAUGAAGAAUUCAAACUUAGAGUCUAUAAAUGGUUAGAAUAUCAACCCUAUAAUCCUUUAAUGUUGGAUCAUUUAGAUAAACUACUUGAAUUAGAUCCUGAGAAAUGUGCAAAAGUCUUUCAAAGUUGGCCUAUAGAAACCUUAUAGAAACUCAUAAUUUAUCAACCAAAAAGGGAAUUAUUACAUGUAUUCAAAUAUUUAUCUAUUGAUCUUUCUUAAUUUCUUUAAUUAAAAUUGAUUGAAUUGAUAAGUAUUCAUGAACCAGAAAACACUAUUUCAUGGUUGAAGAAUAAAUAAUAUUAAUUAGAAGAUGUGGAAUAAAUAUUUUAAUAAACUAAUAAUAUUGAAGGAUUAGGAUAUAUAAUGGAAUAGAAAGGACUAUAUCAAUAGGCUAUUGAUAAUUACCUUUAAAUUUAUAAAGAGGAAUCUAGAAAUUACAUUUUGACAUUUCGAAAUUAAGAUAGAAUAACAUAAUUAUUCUAGAAUCUAAUGAGAGCUACAAAAAUAGCUGUAUAAUCUGAUGAUUAUAACUAAGAAUUAUAUUUGUAUAUAGCACAUUAAAUCUUCAAUCCUUUAAUGCAUUAAACUCAUUGGUGUAAACUCAAGAGAUCAUAUGUGUUUAAUCAAUAAUUUAGUUAACUUUUUAUGCAUUUAUUCCGUUAUUCUCCAACAGAAUUAAUUAAAAUAAUAGAGAUAAAUCAUGAGACAUUUAAUCAAGUUCAUUUAAAAAGUAGUUUUAUUACUGUUUUUAAAGAAUUUGGAUAUGAAAAAUAAUUAGUAGAAAAGAUAUCUAAGAUUAUUAGAAAUGAUAAUAUUAAAUUGCUUAAAUUACUAUAUUCAUUAAUGAAUAAAUCAAAUUAAUAUGAAAUAAACUGUAUAGAGUGUUAAUAACCAUAUACUUAAGAUUAAGUCAUUCUUUUAAAAUGUGGCCAUACUAUGCAUCCAUUUUGUCUAGAAAAUAAGUAUUGUCCAAUAUGUUAAAAUAUAUCAACUUAAUCAUGUAUAUAUUAUUAUUAUUAUUAAUAGUGCUUGAAAGUAUUGGAGUUGAAGAAUUAAAAAAAUCUAUUUUGAAAUCUAAUGUUGAUAAUUAAUAAUUAUAAUUAUUAAAGAAUGUUGAUGAAAUAGAUUUUGAAGAUAAUUUCAUAUAAUCAACUACAUAAGAUGAUAAAGAAAUAAUGGAAUUAAGAUUAUUAAAUAAAAUGGAUAUAUAUGAUUAAUUAAUUGAUUCUGGAUUGCAAUAGGUAUUCAAAUUAUAUAAUUUUAGUAUAAUUCAUUUCUAGAUUAAUAUUUUUGA